CUCUGAGCGGCGCGGGGCGGAGGGCGGCGACUGCAGGACGAGGAUCGUUUUAUUGAUUUUGCUCCAGAGCUGACUGGGCCUCGUUUGCCAAAGGUGGUGCUGGCGGGGUGUCCAACACAGGAGUAAAACUGUUCCUACAGCAGAGUAAUGAUGGUAGAUCUGAAGGUGGCUGACUGUUUGAGCCCUCAGAUCAGGGCUCUGUGGGAGUGCAAGGGACCUGAGAUAGAGAGUUCCAGUCACAUUAAGAAGUAUACCCCACAAACGGACAGGCUCAGUCCAGAAAGCUGGCGCGAGCACUUCCGGAACUUCCACUAUCAUGACGCCCCCGGACCUCGUGAAGUUGUUGGCCAGCUUCAGGAAUUAUGUCGUCAGUGGCUGAGGCCUGAGAUCCACUCAAAAGAGCAGAUCCUGGAACUGCUUGUGCUAGAACAGUUUGUGACCAUUCUGCCCACGGACACCCAGAGCCGCAUAAGGAAGGACCAUCUACAAAGCAUUGAGGAGGCCGUGACCCUGGUAGAACACUUGGAGAGGGAAUCUGGUCAAACGAGGAAUAGGGUUGCCAUCCAAGAGCUGGGAAAGGAGGCAGUGCUCUUGAGAGAAACCGCAGAGUCCCAGCCAGUGGGCCUGGCCCAGGAUGAAGAAUUCUGGAAUACAUACCAAGGUUUGCAAGAACAGCUGAGCGGGAAUUACUCAAAAGAAUCUGAGCCUGUAUGUGAGAGGGCUGUGCCUGUUCACCAGAUCUUAGCCUUUUCUGAGAAGACAAACACCAAAGACUGGACAGUGGCACCUGAGCUCGCCUUGCCUGAGUCCCAGAGCUUGUUGACAUUUGAAGAAGUGGCCAUGUAUUUUUCCCAGGAAGAAUGGGAGUUACUGGAUCCCACUCAGAAGGCCCUCUACAAUGAUGUAAUGCGGGAAAACUAUGAGACUGUCAUCUCUCUAGCUGUGCCUGCUCACCAGAUCCUAGCCUUUCCUGAGCAGACAAUCCCCAAAGACUGGACAGUGGCACCUGAGCUCGUCUUGCCUGAGUCCCAGAGCUUGUUGACAUUUGAAGAAGUGGCCAUGUAUUUUUCCCAGGAAGAAUGGGAGUUCCUGGAUCCCACUCAGGAGGCCCUCUACAAUGAUGUAAUGCGGGAAAACUAUGAGACUGUCAUCUCUCUAGCUGUGCCUGCUCACCAGAUCCUAGCCUUUCCUGAGCAGACAUUCACCAAAGACUGGACAGUGGCACCUGAGCUCGUCUUGCCUGAGUCCCAGAUCUCGUUGACAUUUGAAGAAGUGGCCAUGUAUUUUUCCCAGGAAGAAUGGGAGUUCCUGGAUCCCACUCAGAAGGCCCUCUACAAUGAUGUAAUGCGGGAAAACUAUGAGACUGUCAUCUCUCUAGCUGUGCCUGUUCAUCAGAUCUUAGCCUUUUCUGAGAAGACAAACGCCAAAGACUGGACAGUUGCACCUGAGCUCGUCUUGCCUAAAUCCCAGAGCUUGUUGACAUUUGAAGAAGUGGCCAUGUAUUUUUCCCAGGAAGAAUGGGAGUUACUGGAUCCCACUCAGGAGGCCCUCUACAGUGAUGUAAUGCGGGAAAACUAUGAGACUGUCAUCUCUCUAGCAUUGUUUGUGCUCCCCAAACCUAAGGUGAUCUCGUAUCUAGAGCAAGGGGAAGAGCCAUGGGUUCAAGGGUCCACGGAGCUCAAGGACAGUCCUGGAGAGCUGCCUACAGGAAUAAAGCACAAAAGUGACACUGAAAACCAUCAGCCUAUACGUGUUUCUGAUUUAGAAAUACAAGCACCAGGAGACAUAGUAUCAAAAAAGGCCCGAGCAAAAGUUCCCCAGAAAACAACAGGCAAAGAAAACCAUGGUGAUACACACAGGAUGGGGAAGUGGCACCAAGAGUUUCCAGUGAACCAAACAAAGGAACUUUCAAUCUGGGAAGAUGAGCUGCAGAGACUUAUGGAUCUUCACAAGAAAGCCCGUGCAGUAGAGAAGCCUUUUACAUGCCAGGAGUGUAGGAAAAACUUCAGACUUACCUCUGAUCUUACUAAACACAAAAAAAUUCACACUGAAGUGAAGCCGUAUAAAUGUCAGCAUUGUGGUAAGAGCUUUAGAGGGAAAUCAGAUCUUAAUAAGCACGUAACAAUACACCAAGGAAUAAAACCAUACAAAUGUUCCUGGUGUGGGAAAAGCUUCAGUCAAAAUUCAAAUCUCCGUACACACCAAAGAACUCACACUGGAGAGAAACCCUUUAUGUGUUAUGUAUGUGGAAAGAAAUUCAGUCAGAAUUCUCACCUUACUAAACACCGGAGAACCCACAUGUAGCAUCAGCAUGAGAAGCUAGCAGGCAGUCAAGCCUUAUUACACACCAGAAACACCACCACUGAAUGGACGCUUCUGCUUCUUCCAAAAAGAGGAAAUUCACCAAGUACGGCCGAACCCUGAUGUUUAUGAAAAAAUACAAAAUUAUGAAGCAUGAAUAAUUCUACAUCAAUGGAAAAUUUGGUGAUAUAAACAUGUUUCUCAGAAAAGAAUGAAGGUUGACUCUGCAGGGGAUGCGUUAAUUUUGUACUAGUUAACGUUUUUACGUGUAAAUCUUCAGGGAAUUCCUUGCAAGAAAGAUGUUCAAAGAACAUUCUGCGUAAGGAAUAUACUAUUUUGUGAUUGUACCUGGCAGCAAAUUCACCUUCAAAUAGCAAAUACAUCUCUGAAUUAAUCAGUC